AUGCAUAUUGAAGAGAUAAUUUUAGAUGGCUUUAAAAGCUAUCCUACUAAAACAGUGAUAGGGCCAUUUCACCCCCAAUUUAAUGCAAUAACUGGUCUAAAUGGAAGCGGUAAAUCGAAUGUUCUAGAUGCUAUUUGUUUCGUUAUGGGAAUAAAUAAUUUAAGUUUAAUUCGAGUAAAUAGAUUAGAUGAAUUAAUCUACAAACAAGGUCAAGCAGGGAUAACAAAAGGAAGUGUUACUAUAAAAUUUAAUAAUGAAGAAAAGCCUAGUCCACUGCAAGAACCAUAUAGAGACAUGAAAAAUAUAACGAUUACUAGACAAAUAGUAUUAGGUGGAAGAAAUAGAUAUCUUUUGAAUAGUCACAAUGCAAAACCAAAAGACAUUAGCGAUUUCUUUCAAUCUUUGAAAUUAAAUAUUAAUAAUCCUCAUUUUCUAAUUAUGCAAGGGAAAAUAACAAAAGUUAUUAACAUGAAACCAGUUGAGCUUCUUGGCUUGAUUGAAGAAUCUAGUGGAACAAAACUGUAUGAAGUUAAAAGAACAAAUGCAAUAAAUUUAAUGGUAAAAAAAGAUCAAAAAUUAAGCGAAAUAAAUAAAGUGUUAGUAGAAGAGAUAGAACCUACUUUAGUAAAAUUAAAAAAAGAGAAAGAGGAGUAUAAUAAAUUUAUUAGUAAUAGUGAAGAAAUUGAAAAAUAUGAAAAAGUGGAAAUUGCGUAUAAAUACUAUGUAGCUAAAAAUAUGAUGCAAAAGAAUCAAGAAAAAAUUGAAGAAGCUACUAAUGAACAAAAAGACUUAGAAAAAGACAUAAAAGAUAUUGAAAAAGAGAUAGAGAAAUAUAAACAAGAAAAAGAAAAAUUAACUAGUGAAACUAGUGUUGCAAGUGUACCUAUGAAACUUCUUAUUGAAGAGAAAGAACAGUUAGAAAAAAAAAUAUCCCAUUUAAAAUCAGAAUCGAAGAUAGAACACAAAGAAAAGGAAAAGGAAAAGAAAAAAAAGGAAGGUAUUAAAAAAGAAAUAAAACGUAUAGAAAACAAAUUAGAUGAUUAUCAAAAAAAUGAUGAAAAUAAUAACAAAAAUUUAAAGUCUUAUGAAGAUCUACAAAAAAAAAUACAACUGUUAAAAGAAGAAUUAAAUGAAAAGCAGAACACAAUUAAUUGUUUAUUAAGUGCAGGUACGAAUAAUAAUCAGUAUACUGGUUCAUUUAGAGAACAAUUAAAAAAUUAUAAAACAAGUUUGAGUAAAACAGAAACGCAAAUAAAUAAUUUAUUACAAAAUAGUAAACAUCUGGAAAAGGAAAUUAUCAAUUUAAAAGACCAACGGAAAAAAUAUGAAAACGAAUUUAAUGAAAUAAAUAAAGAAAAAGAAAUAGAAAAUAAAAAAAAAGAAUCAUGUGAAAAAGAAUUGCAAAAAUUAAAUGAGGAAUACAACAAUUUGGAAGAGUUAAGCACUUUACAAGAGGAGAGAAACUCUUUGUGUAAUGAUAUAGAACGAUUGCAACAAGAAUUGCAAGUAUUGAAAAAUAUAGUGAAUAAUAUUAAAAUAGGAUAUGAUAUUCCUAAUAAUAUGAAACCAUCCGAUGUAUUGGGUCAAAUAUAUAAAUUAAUUAAAAUAAAGAAGGAGUAUGACAACACAGCAUUAGCAGUACAUUUAAUUUUAGGAAGCAAGUUAUCCUACAUACUAGUACAUAACAAAGAAAAUAGUAAAAGUUUAUUCGAAUAUAAUAAUUUUUCUAAAGGUAAUAGAAGGGUUACAUUGCUUCCAUUAGAAGACUGUAUAGUUUCUAGAGAUCUAAAUGAAAAAAGUGUUGAGGAAUGUCGAAAAUUUGUAGGAUUAGAUGCACAUGAUAAGAAAGAAGUAAUAUAUUUUUUAGACAUAAUGGAAUAUGAUAAAAAAUUAGAAAAACUUAUAAAAUACUUGUUUAACGGAACACUGAUUUGUUCAAAUGUAGACAUAUGUAAGAAAAUAACUUAUAAUACUAAUAGGAAAUUGUCUUAUCCUACAAUAACAUUAGAAGGAGAUAAAUUUGAUACUUCGGGUAGUAUGUCAGGAGGAUCUAAUAAAAAUAUAAAUUUGUUUUUAGUACAUUAUGAAAAAUAUGAAAAUAAAAAAAAAGAAUACUACGAGAAAGAAAAUAAAUUAAAAGAAAUUAAUGAAAAGCUAGCUAUACUAGAAAAGGCAGAGGAAAGGAAAAAAAAAAUUAAUAAAGAUAUACAAAUCUAUACGAACAACUUAAGUAAUAUGGAAAACAGAAUGGAAACUAGUAAAUAUGGAAGCAUAUGUCAAAAAAUUGAACAAUCAAAAGAAGAAAUUGAUAAAGGGAGAAAAGAAUUAAGUGAAUUAUAUGAAGAACAAAAAAAAUUAACAGAAAUUAUACGUAAAAUAGAAAAGGAUAUAUUAGAAUAUGAAAAUGAUAAAGAUAAAAAAGAGGAACAUUUAAAAGAAGCAGUAAAAAAAUUAAAAAAUAAAAUAAAACAAUUGGAAGCAGAGGAGCAUAAAAAAAAAGAGGAGGUAGAUGAUGUGUUGUUGCAAAUUGAAAAUUAUAAGAAACAAAUGGAAAAGGAAAGCAAUGAUUUAGUUAAUUCGGAUGAAACCAUCAAUGAAAUAGAAAAAAAAAUAAACGAAAUUGAAAACAAUAUAAAUACUACAAAGGAAGAGUUAAAAGGAUUAGAGAAAAAAAUUACGGAACUUCAGAUCAGUUUUAGUUCUUAUGAUAUUGAAAUUAAACAAGUAGUAAAAAAGAUUGAAGAUUUAGAAAAAAAAAGGAGUAAAGAUAUGUUAAAAUUGAAAAAACUGGAAAAUACAUUAACAGAUUUACAAACAGAUUUUAAAGCAGGAAGUGACACAAUAAAACAGUUAAAUAAAACACAUGUCUGGAUUGAAUCAUAUGAACCGUUGUUUAAUAAAAAAUAUACUCCUUAUGAUUUUGAAAAUUUUAGACAUGAUGUCAUACAAAAAAAGAUUCAAACACUUCAGAAUGAACAAAACAAAUUGUCAAUAAACAUUAACAGAAAAGCAGUUCAAAUGUAUGAACAAGUUCAGGAGGAUUAUAAGGAUUUAAUAACGAAGAAGUCCCAAGUAGAAGAGGAUAAGAAAAAAAUACAGGAAGUUAUAGCGGAUCUGGAUGUAAAAAAAAGUGAAAGCUUAUUAGCCAUGUACCAGCAAAUUAAUGAUUAUUUCCAGGCAAUUUUUUCUACACUUCUGAACAAUGCACAAGCUAAAUUAAGCGUAGUGGAUGGGGACUUGUCCAAUGGAAUAGAGAUGAAGAUUGCAUUUAACAAUAACUGGAAGGAGUCAUUAACUGAGUUGAGUGGGGGUCAGAGAAGUCUUUUGGCUCUUUCGUUGAUUUUAGCAUUAUUGAAAGUUAGAACAGUACCAAUGUAUAUAUUAGAUGAAAUUGAUGCAGCAUUAGAUUUAAAUCAUACUCAGAAUAUAGGUGAUAUGAUAAGAACACAAUUCCCUCAUUCUCAAUUUAUUAUUGUAUCAUUAAAAGAAGGUAUGUUUUCACAUGCAGAUGUGUUAUUUAAAAUGAGAUUUAUCGAUGGAAUUUCUACAGUUAAUAGGCACUCAUUAGAUGUCAGACAAAGUACAAACAAAAAAGAGGUUACAGAAGUAAAGAGAAGGAGAGUUACGAUUCAUGAGAAGGAGCCAGAUGACUAG